AAGACGUUACGUUGCAUUGACCGCAUCAGCGUUGAAACGCGUUGGGAAGAUUAAUGGAGACUGGUCGUGUUCGCCGGUUUACUGCGGCUCAACUAGGGACAGAUCAUAUCAGGGAGUCCAAACAGGUACCACGGGAGGCUUUAGCCUAUGGAAACCAUCACACUGCAUUGUGGACUACUCUUUACUGAGAUGGACUGUAGUUAGUGGCCGUUUCGAGAUGUCAGUGUGCAAGAGCCAUUUACGCAGUUGAAUUUGGCCAUUAAGUGCUGUUGUAUAUUGGGUCAUGUUGUCUGCGUUCAACACGUUGCCUGAGAGCGAGCCUGGAACAGGUCACUGGUUCACUCCAUCCAUAAUUUAGGAUGACGCCUCUCGGUCAGACCUGCUCCGUCUCCUCCCUGUUUCCACACCCCGUCUCCAGAGUUCAAACGCUCCGUCAGCAGUCCUAGUGCUCCUGAGUGCUCGCUGCGACCCUUGUUCGGCUCUCCUGGCUGACGUCCCGGGGAGGUUAUGCGACGGUUUCUCUACUGUAAGGUGGUGCUGACCACCUCUCUAGUGUGGGUGCUGGUGGAUGUGUUCUUGCUGCUCUAUUUCAGCGAGUGUAACAAAUGUGAUGACAGGAAAGACCGCUCGCUGCUCCCGGCCCUGCGAGCGGCGAUAUCUCGGAGCCACGAGGGACCGGGCGAAAUGGGCAAGGCAGUAAACAUUCCCAAGAACGACCAGGAGAAAAUGAAGGAGCUCUUUAAGAUUAACCAGUUCAACCUGAUGGCCAGCGACAUGAUCGCACUCAACAGGAGUCUGCCUGACGUGAGGCUGGACGGCUGUAAAACCAAGCUGUACCCAGAUGACCUGCCGAACACCAGCAUUGUCAUCGUGUUUCACAACGAGGCGUGGAGCACCCUGCUGCGGACGGUUCACAGUGUCAUCAACCGCUCGCCCAGACAGCUGCUGGCGGAGAUCGUGCUUGUGGACGACGCCAGCGAGCGAGACUUCCUGAAGAAGAAGCUGGAGAACUAUGUGCGCACUCUGGAGGUGCCGGUGAGGAUCCUGAGGAUGGAGCAGCGUUCAGGUCUGAUCAGAGCCAGGCUCAGGGGAGCGGCCGCUACCAAAGGUCAGGUCAUCACCUUCCUGGACGCUCACUGCGAGUGUACUGUGGGCUGGCUGGAGCCCCUGCUGGCACGCAUCAAAGAAGACAGGACAGCAGUGGUGUGCCCUAUCAUCGAUGUCAUCAGCGACGAGACGUUUGAAUACAUGGCAGGCUCAGAUAUGACCUAUGGUGGAUUCAACUGGAAGCUGAAUUUCCGCUGGUAUCCUGUUCCCCAGCGGGAGAUGGACCGGCGCAAGGGGGACAGAACACUGCCUGUCAGGACUCCCACCAUGGCAGGAGGAUUAUUCUGUAUAUACAAAACAUACUUUGAAGAAAUAGGAAGCUACGAUCCAGGGAUGGAUAUCUGGGGCGGAGAGAACCUGGAAAUGUCUUUCAGAAUCUGGCAGUGCGGGGGCUCAUUAGAAAUUGUAACAUGUUCACACGUGGGCCAUGUUUUCCGGAAGGCCACCCCAUACAGUUUUCCCGGAGGAACGGGCCAAGUCAUCAACAAGAACAACAGGCGCCUGGCUGAAGUAUGGAUGGAUGAUUUCAAAGAUUUCUUCUACAUCAUAUCGCCAGGCGUGAUGCGUGUGGACUACGGAGACGUUUCCUCCCGCAGAGACCUUCGCGAGGCCUUGAAGUGCAAACCGUUUUCCUGGUAUCUAGAGAACAUCUACCCAGACUCCCAGAUCCCGAGGAGAUACUACUCACUUGGUGAAAUCAGAAAUGUUGAGACCAACCAGUGUGUGGACAACAUGGGAAGAAAGGAGAACGAGAAAGUUGGCUUUUUCAACUGUCAUGGCAUGGGUGGAAACCAGGUGUUCUCUUACACGGCGGAUAAAGAAAUAAGGACAGACGAUCUUUGUUUGGAUGUAUCCCGCCUCAAUGGACCCGUCGUCAUGCUCAAGUGUCACCACAUGAAGGGCAAUCAGAUGUUCGAGUACGAUGCCGAGCAACUCACCCUGCUGCACGUGAACAGCAACCAGUGUUUGGACAUGCCGUCAGAGGAGGACAAGAUGGUCCCCACCCUGAAAGACUGCAACGGCAGCCGCUCUCAGCAGUGGCUGCUCCGAAACAUGACCCUGAGUGUCUGACCCCUGUCUCACCUUCCUCCCCCGCCACUCUGUCCUUAUCCUAACCAGCCAUGGCUCUCCUCACCCCCGCCAGGUGGCUCCUACCACAGCACAACAUACGCCUCUUCCUGUAUAAACAAAUACAGAGAUCCAGGCAUCAGCGGCUUAUCUUCCAUUAUGGGGGCGUUUCCUUUCACAGCUAGCCGCAAAUGUCAGAGAAGCUGCACCUGCCGGUAAGGCGACAUGACGAGCCACGACUUUGGGGACCUCAUCAGGUCCGAGCCCGGAGAAAAGCUGUGUGAGGUCUGUGCAUGGAGAACAUUUGCGUCAAAGCACUCACACUGUGUCAGACAGCUGCUAGCCUUGGGUCCACUGUGCUGCUCAGACUUAGCUUAGCUGUUGGACCAAAACAAAAAUAGAAGAGCAUUUAAAACAAGAAUCUAGCAAGGCACGUCUCUGUGAUGCACUGUAAAUGAAAUGACCUUCCUUGUGCUUUGUUCAAGACUGUUUCCAUGACUGCUGCUCAUUCUCUCUUCAUAUCAGUGUCUGAGGUACAUUCAAUAACAGAACGUGAUGUUGUUUAUAGAGCCGGGACCAAUACUGGAUUUGAGGAGUUGAAACCUAUCUUGAUAUUUGAGGGUUAAAGAAUCCAAUAAUGCUGUUGUGCAUUAAUAUUUGGUUUUAAAGUCGAGCUGAAAUUUGAAUUCUCAUCGUGAUGCAAGGACAUUACAUCAUAUAACUAUAUAAGGAUACUACAGCUUUUGUGUAUAUUUUUUCAUUUUAUAAAAAGAGGUAAAUAUUCUGGGGACAUACAUUUGUAGAAACAUUGUGUAGCUUGCAGGCUCUGGACGGGCGUGUCCCACGACAGCUGGGCACUGACAUUUGAGGGCCGGUAUCACACCUUCAGCGUCCAUGGCUGUGAGGAACUUCAUAAUUGGUUUUUUCAAAGAAGUUUAAAGUCAAACAAACACAAAGGAUACAUUUAAAAACAGUAUUAUUUUAGUUUGACUUUAAACUAAUGAAAAAAAACGUUUUUUCAGCAUCCUUAAAUUAGGUUAUCUACAAAACAAACAAGGUUUACUUAUCAGUGCUCUCUAGUGCGCAUUACUAAAAUACCUCAAACAUAUCUUUUGAAUUUCUUACCCCGAUUUCCUCUUAUAAGCUGUCAUAUAGGCGGAUAAUAACAUAUGGGUGAUUAGCUAAUAUCGGAGCCUUUUUUGGUGUUAUUAUAAGAUAGGAAAAACCUUUUUUUCAUUACAUUACAUAACAUUUUCCUUUGGUAUUCUGGCAACAUAGUGUAAAACAGACAGUAAGAGUCAGAUAAAAAUACCUUAGGUGAAUCUCUUAAGAUUAAAAAAAUUAUUAAGCUAAUUAUUUUUAAACCGUCUUAAAUUUAAGAGAAUGCAACACAAGAGUGUAGCUAUAACAUCCUCCCAGAUUAAUCAAAAGGUUCAAUUUAAGUGAAACGGGAACCACAAUAUGAAGAUGUGAAGCAGCACUUUGGGUCUGUUCGAAGUAAAGUAAUUAAGAGUACAGUAUUAGAGACUCUGCUAUGAGUAGAAUAUACAUAAUUGUUUUUUGACUGAAUGUAAAUUUCCCCUAAAUGGUAACGACUGAGUUCUGAAACACUGUAACGGUUCUGUGUUAUCACAGCUAUCUGAGAAUGUCAUUACUGAAGUUUUCAGAUUCCUGCUACCAAAAUCCUGAGGAAUCAUGAUGUCUUGGAGCAGGAUAGUUGCGUGUGCCUUUAGAAAGCUGUUUCAGUUAUUGGAUCAUUUGUUUCAGAAAACAUUUGAUUUACUUUGGUGAUUAAACAAAAAGAAUGUCAAAUAUUUUUCUUAAUUUCUAGCAAAAACAUGGAAAUUGAUAUGAAAUAACUGUCAUACCUCAUGAAUACGUCACCUUCAUAUUAAUGCUCGAUCAAUAAUUUAGUAACAGUAUAGUCAAAACGUUUAAAAUGUGCAAAUGUAGUUUUUCACUACAUUUUUGAUAAGGAUCAGGCAACAAAUGCUAUUGUAUAAUACUGUUAACAUGUUUCUAUCACCAUUGUUGUUGUUGUUGUACAUACAGAACCAAUUAUUUUUCUAAGAUGCGGUUAAACUUGAACACUCUGAGAAAAACAAAAUUGAAUGGUUUAAAGAUCACAAGGUAUUGCUGUGCUUUAUUUGGAGUAUGGUAAUAAAAAACGGUGCUUACCUAUCGAAAUUGCGGUGUGUCUUGGAAAUAAUCGUCGGACUAACAAAGCCAAAUUCUCAGACCACCUGAAGGGCGUCAGGCAAACGGACAUGAGGGAUCAACUAAUGGGGAAAUACUAUCAAUGCUGUUCGAAUACUGAGUCUUUGCCAAGUACCUGCUUGGCAUCCAGACUAAAAUUCAAUCAACUCUUUCAUAUUACACGGAUACAUUUAUUGUUUUUCAUUAUCUCAAAGUGCAUGGUGUUAAAAUAGGACUGUAUUGUUUCAAUGUACUGGUUGCAAAGUGAUGUUACCUGUUUGUACAUUUUGCCUUUUUGUAAAAAAAUACUUAAAGGGGACCUAUCAUGCAAAAU